AUGCCUAAAGCCCGGCGCGACACGAUCAAGAUGUUUGGCAGGCGUGAGAACAACGUCCUGCGCUAUGCGAUGGAGACGCAUCAAUUUAGCGACCUGAAGUUUGUUAGCCACGGCCAUGAAUUCCCUGUCCAUAAACUGGUCGUCUGCCUCCAGUCGCCAGUGAUCAACGCAGCAAUGCAUGAGGGCUUUGAGGAGGCUGAGACCAAUGUCAUCAAGAUGGACAGCUUCGACGUCGAGACAAUCAAGCGCUUUGAGCAGUUCCUGUACACCGGCUGGUACGAAGGCUUUCCCGCGCCGAUCGACGAUGACAAGGAGGUUGGCGAGAACGACAAGGAGGUAGUCGAGAAUGACAAGGAGGCAGGCGAGACAGACCACCGCCUGACCAUCUCAGGCACGAUUGCCCCUCCCUCCACGCCCGAGGGCUCGGAGCCGGAGACCACGGUCCGCCCGUCCGUCUUCUUCGACGACGACGUCUUCCAGCACAUCCUCGUCAACUCGAUCGGAGACUACUACGGAGUCGACGAGCUCGUCUCCCUGUCGCGGGCCCGGAUCGAGGCCAUCCUCGAGGACCCGCAGCGCUACCUCGUCCACAGCCUGCCCGCCAUGGCCGAGAAGGUCAUGGAGGCCACCGGCGACCGCGAGCUGCUGGCCGUCAUCUCCAAGGCCAUGGCCAAGGACAUCGCCGAGCUGCUGGCCUCUGGCAAGCUCGACGACCAGCCCCACCUCGUGCCUCCGUUUGCCCUCGAGGUCCUCUCCAAGAGCGUCACCAAGUACGAGGAGAGGCUCGCGUUCCACGAACGCCGGCAGGAGGCUUUCCUGUGCGAGAUCGAGCAGCUCCGCAAGGAACGGGCGCUCUACCUGGGCGAUCCUCACAUGCCCUAA